AUGCGCAUACCUUCACGCGCCUCGCUCGACCCUCGUCGGCCUGCGAUGUCCCGCAGCACAUCCUCCACCACAAGCCUGUCUACCAUUUCCCACACAAGAGAUCCUGUUCCUAUACCCGGAUCCCCCAUAGACGAGCCGCCCCCUCCACUGCCACCACCGCGAUGUAUUGAAGAGCUGGACAGAGGCAUAGAUACCGCAUGGUCGUGGUCGAACUCGCACCUGAGUAGCAGUUUCAAGAGGGAAUUGGCGCCAAUCAAGCCCGGCUCAAGCCUGUACGGUGGCUACAUGCAUACUCAUAGUGACACAAGACGGACCUCCGACGUCGACGACAUGGAAGUGGACGACUGGGAACGACGAAGAAGUGGCGGUUUGGCAGGCUGGACACCGUCAACCUCGCACAUAUUCGCGGGAGUUGGAGGCACUGAGUCCAGCUUUCCCUCUGGAGGCAUUCCGAGCAUCUCCAGACGACCAUCCUCACCAACAAACCUGUCGAAUCAACGAUUACACGGUGAGGACCCUCUGGCACAGAAGGCUUUCAGUCGCUCUUCCCAGGCCUAUGAUCAAAGUCUGCUCUCCAAGAUAGGCAAGCCGAGUUCGCCGCCUCACCAAAGAACUGAUUUGGCCGACGCGGCGCCUACUGGUCACAAAUUGUCUCUGCAGACGUCUGAUCCUGUUCAACAUCGGCUCAAUAUCCCGGAAUUAUCCUCGACAUCCAUGGACUCUCUACGAUGGAUCGCAAGUCCACUCUCUGGCGGAGUUUCCCCACUGCCCAGACCUAGUUGGCGCGAUUAUACCAUGAAUCCGAAGAGUCCUUCUGGCGACAGCGUUUCCAACUCCUUUGCGCUUGACCCUGAGCUAUUCCUUCAGACGAAGGCUGCUGGUAAGCAACAGCCUGACAGUGCUCGCUCCACAAACGAGGAUUCCAUCAGUGUCGACAGUCGCUCUCAACGCGGAAGCUACGACCAAUCCAUGUUUGGCGCGGAUGAAGUCGAAAGCAACAACGAUGAUCUUAGCAGUCUUCCUCAUCGCUAUGCAUGUCUGUACUGCAACAACCGCUUCAAGAAUAAAAACGAAGCCGAAAGACACCAGAACUCUCUCCAUCUGCGGCGACACUCCUGGUCCUGUGCGGCAAUCCCCAGCUAUCAAGCUGUCUUCCACCCUUCGAGUUCGCCGAAUUCGCAAGGACCGAGUGGCCCGAUAGCAGAUGUCUGUGGCUUCUGUGGCGAGGAAUUCCCAAACCAUCCUGCGCCCGACUGGGAUCGCCGGAUCGAACAUCUCACGGGUGUACAUAAGUUUGGCGAAUGCAAUCAGGCCAAAAAGUUCUUCAGAGCAGACCACUUUCGACAGCACCUCAAGCACACGCAUGCAGGCCAAUCUGGGAAAUGGACAUCGGUGCUUGAAUCCGUCUGUCUACGUGAGGAGAUCCCCCAAGAUGCUGCUGGCACUUCGCCAACUGGUAGCGAAGGGGGACAGAGUCGCGGUCCCAGCAGUUUACCGGCACCCGCAGAUACUCCAAUGGGUGGAAUAACCAUAAACGAAGCUCGCGAUGAAACUUGA